CUAUUUUAUCGAUUGACGAGAAAGUUGUCAUUUUAUUUAAUUUAUUUUCAGGGAUGACUGGAGUUUCGGUCCUCCGGGGCGGAUUCACGCGGGGGAGCCGAGGCGUCCUGGUGCCUUCAUCAAGAGCAGGUGCAGCAAGGGCGGCGGCCAUCUUGCUUAUCUCAUGCCACCUGUCCCCCUCACAUGGUAACCACACUCGCAGAGCAUCUGUGCACAGCAGCACAUCGUCGACGAGGAGUUUCAGCGCGAGGCAGUACGAGCGGGAGAGAGAGAACAGGCUGCUCGCGAAGGCGAGAAACAGAGAAAGGGACGGCAACUCGCCGAGCCCGAGGUCGACGGAAAAUUUAAUCGACGAUCCUUUACCAUCGAUUGCGAACAUGUUUAAAGAAUCAUGGCCUGAAGAGACGGAUGGAAAGGAUUCCGAAGCGUUUACACCCGACGUUCUUGAAAAAGAUCUCAGCGGUUCGAUGCCGCACAUAGACGACCCUCUGACAAUGGAAGCGGACAACACGAUGCCUCCGCCCCCGAACCCGCCACCGUACCAAGACUUAAAUUAGACACUUACUCAUUAAAAUAACUUUUAAAACAAUUGACAACGGUAUUUUCGAUAUAAGCGCUCAAAUUUUUAACCUGACAUCAGACACAGAUGAAGCGACGGUUUCAUCGCCGGAGGGGCGAUUUUAUUUUUAAGAUUGCGUUCUCUGUGUAAAUGGCCGAUGAUCUUAUGAAAUACGUAUUGUCUUCCUUUCAGUCUAAGCGUGUUUUAUAAUGCGCAAUUUCAUUUUAAUUAUGUUGUACGAAUAAGACUUUUACAUGGAACAAAAUUUUACAAGUUACAUUUGAAAAUUGAUUACUUUACAACAUAUCAAAUUAUGCGUGUUUCUUAGUGACCUGUUGUUUCAUAAUUUGUUGAAGUCGUGAGGAGCGGUCAAGGAUGAGGGAGUUUAGAAAAACACCUUUUUCAUUUUUUUCUGCCGACGAUUCAACCUUUAUCGGGGGUCAUCUUCGGGGCCAGGGUAAAUUUCAAAACAUAUGUUAAUUGGAAAAAAUACAAUUUAAGAUGUAAAUAUAAAUUUUGAAAACUUAAAGAAUAGCCUGAUGGAAGUCAGUGACACGAAUGACCUUGGCAUGGGCCCCUUGACAUUCGGGGCAUAGAGGCAACGAAAAGAUUGACAUGUUGGCCAAAAAGGGACUAACAUGGAAUCUCUGGGCCCAGAACCUACUGCGGCAUAGCAGCCUGCUAUAAAAGAGGAUACAUCUUAAAAUGGAUCCUUAAAGAAUCCAAAACCUCUUGGAACGACAGGUAUGAGGCACGCAAAAAAAUUCAUAGAAGGACCAUCAGCAAAACUAAAAAAAAAUACUAGAAGGCA